UGGUCCUGUGUGAGGCUGAGUCCCACAGAGUCCUGGACUUUAAUGAUCCGGUUCCAGCUGCUUUCCUCCGUCUCAUGUGACCGUGAACUGAAAACCAACCAAUUUAUUAGGAAGUGAAUCGAUUGAUGAAGAAAACGAACACGAAGAGCGGGCUGACGCUGAGCAGGACACCGGGAGGAGGAGGAGGAGGAGGUCUGCAGCGAGCACCGCAACACAACCGGAGAACCGCAUCUGCAUCCCUGCCUCAGUCUUCAGUCAUCUCUCAGCUCCAGGAGGAUGAAGGGGCUGCAGCAGCUUGCUCUGCCCGGAGCGUGAGGAGGCUUCCUGGGCUCCAUCUGCCUCACCCCUCCACCCCUCCUCACCCGUUGUGUGGAGCUCUGAUCCUCCCUCACCCCCCCCCCGUCUCUGCAGCAGCCUCCUCCAUCAGCUGAAAACAUGGACGGGCUCCGGCUGCCGCCCGUCAUAGAGGAGGUCCUCGAUCCAUCGGACGAGCUGUGUGAGCUGAAGGUGGAGAAGCCGAUCAUGUUGGCAGAAACUCUGACGGCCAAAGAGAGGGAGUCUCUGGAGGACAACUACGACAAGGAGGAGGAGGAACCGGCGGGAGACGGAGAGAAAGGCCAGCAGGAGGGAGGGAAGGAGAAGGAGGAGGAGCGUGGAGGAGGAGUGAAGGAUGAAGAGGAGGAGCUGGAGGAGCUGAGAGCUCAGGUGUUGCAGCUGCUGUUGGAGCUGGAGGAGACCAGGGAGGUUUCUCAGAGACACGAGGAGAGUUUCAUGGAGCUGCAGGGUCUGUUGGAAGAAGAACGACUGGCGAGCGCUCACCAGGCCGAGAGUUUCACCAGACAGAUCCAGAGACUGCAGGCCCAGCUCCGGUCCGUCCAGGAGGAGAUGGACAGUCUGGAGGAAGAGAAGGAGAGCGAGCUGGAGGAGGUGCAGGAGGAGCUCCGUUCGGCUCAGGAGGAGGUGCUGGUGCUGCAGCAGGCGGCCGAGGAGGCGGCGGCGGAGAGGGAGAACGACAUCGCCUCCCUGCAGGAGGAGCUGUGUCGGCUGAGGGCGGAGCUGCAGCGCCUCCACGUCACGGCGCAGGAGUACGAGCUGGAGAUCACGACGCUGAGAGCCGAGAUCAGCAUGAAGAGCCGGAGCGCAGAGAGUCACAUGCACGGUGAGAUGAGUCAGCUGAAGGUGGAGCUCCUCUCUCUGACCGACGAGCGCCAGUCUCUGACCAAUCACAACAAAGAGCUGAGCAGCAAAGUGGAGCAACUGCAGCAGCAACGAGACACGUGUGAUGGUGUGUACCUGGCAGUCAGAGCAGAGGGCGACACCGAGCGUGAGCCGGACGACCAGGUGAAGACGGACUCUUACAUCAGUCUGUCCCAGCCUGGUCCUGAACACCACGAGGAUCCGGACUCUUCAGUCCAGGAGAAGGUCUGCAGCUCUGAGCUCAAGGUCCUGAAGGUCCAGCUGAGAGAGGCCGAGGAGACGGCUCAGAAGGUUCAGAGACAGUGCGAUGGUUUGAAGGUGGAGCUGACGGAGCUGCAGCAGCUGUACGACGUCAGCCAGCGGGAGCGAGCGGCGCUCGAGCAGGAGCUGCAGCGCUGCAAGGCCGAGCUGAGCAAACUGGCGGGCAGGAAGUCACAGAACUGCACUCGUCCGUCUGAGCCCCCUGUUCUCUCCAUCCCCUUCAUAGGAAUGAUUGUUAUAGUGGCCUUGAUUUGGUGCUGGUGGGAGGAGCUGGCGUCCUAGAGGGGACCAGCAGACUGACGCUGAAGGCUGGAACCUGGCGGUGGCGGCGGUCGCGGUGGCGGCCAUUGUAGUUCUGGUCAUCCCCAGCUUCACCAGGGCCUGAGGACUACACUGAGUGACCUCACUGGGAACUCUGGGACCGUGGGAUUGUGGGAUACCCGUCACCCAUCCAGCGCUGCCCUCAUACAUGUUGCUGUCCUGAUGUCUGCUUGUUGCAUCGCUCUGUUUAGUGGGAUGGCGCUGCCACGGCAGUUUGACCUGAACGCCACAGACGUCAGUGAGUGCCGGAGGGGAAAGCAGUAAGAUCGUUCUUUGACUCUUUAACGCCCCCUGCAGGUCAGUGCUGUACAGUAGGUGAGCAGAUCCAUUUAAUGUGGUUUUCAAACAUCCACCGUCAUGAUCCAAGAGUCUGACUGGAUCUGGCAGUUAGCUUUGAUUUUAUAGUUGGAAAAUAAUCAGACGUACAUCACUGACCAGUGGUUUCCUGCUGGACCUCAUCUCCAUAAACAUGUUCAAAGCUUGGAGUGAUAGUAGUGCAUCCAAAACACUGCUUCACUGAAAGAAAGAAGUGUUUUCAUCAGCUGCUACGCAACAUGCCAAACAGCCCUGUUCCACAUUGAUCCAGUAUCAUCCAGUACUGGAUUAAUAUUGAUGCAUUUUAUUGCUGUAGCUGAAGUGGAGCUGAUUUAAUAUUUUACAUAGUGUUGGAUAAUUUGAUCUAUAACCACCAUCUGUCUGCCUCUGACAUGUAGAGGAAUAAAUUCUUUUUUACAGUGGGCUCGUCCGGUUGGAAGGUUGUUCACAGCACUGAGAGAACAUCAAGUACAAACUUCAGAUAAAGAUCAGAGUCGCUCCGAGUUCUUAAAUAAUGAGAAACGAAUGUUAAUGUUUUUCCUUAUUCAUCUGUUAAAACCAGAUUUAUUCACUAGUUUAACAUUUAAAAUAGAAACUAAACAAAAUUCCCAGAUAUUUUUUUCUGGAAAAAUAUCAAAUGAAAGUUGUUCCACUAAUUAUAACAUGAUAUGAUUAUUGUAGCAGAGUGACUUUCACAAACCAAAUACAGACACAGAGCAACAUCAUCAUCCUCACAUCACGGCUCAGUGCAGUGCUCCCUCUCUUUUAGCUCUGUGUUUGGUCUCCACCAGCUGAGGGAAACAUCUGGCUCUUCAGCUGCUAAACGCUGCUCUGACUGUGACUCUGCUGAUCACUUAGCGUGAAGUUCCUGUUAGAUCCACAUGCUAGUUUCAGAAAUAUCAGUCUGAGGCUUUAAGGAUGAAAAUGUUUGUUUGUAUGAGUGAAAACAUGAAUCGUUCCUCUGGGUCAUGACAUCAGGUGUUUGAGAAUCACCAAACAAAACAUGAAAUCUUUUGUAGCCACAACAAUUAGUUUGAUUUUUAUUAUUUCUUAACUGAUUUUUUGCUUCAUUAAACAUAACAGUGACGUUCUGGGUUUGUGACUUUAUAAGUCUGUAAUCGAGAAUCAGUCCAUUACAUUUGUUUGUCUAUUGACAAAUUUUUCGGCUCUAAAAUCCUUUGCCUUAUUUAUCCAUCCUGGAUUUAAAGACUAUUUUGCACUCACUGAGUCACACUGAUGAAGAAGAUGGUAGCAGAUAAAAUCCUGCUGGAUGCUGUGUAUUGUCUUAUCGUGCGUUUGUCCAAAAAUUGCCAUGAAUGUUGUUUAACAGGCUUAUUCUGAAGCAUGAGGUGAAAAAAAAGCAGAUUUAUGGAAAGAGUAAUUAAAUCAGCUUUAUUUUAUGGAACUAUCCCUUCAUAGAUCGGUUUCAAAUGUCUGUCAUAUGCUUAUAAAGCAACAACAUUCUCAGCAGAAGUAAAAAAGCACUUUUUUUUUAACCUUAGAAAGAUAUUUGUUGGAGAUGCAUCAUUUCUGAGAGAGAGAUCACUUGUCAUGACUGAUUUCACUGUGCCAGUUUUAAGCUAGGUUGUGUCAGAGUGGCUUUAAGUUUCCAGAGAGAUGGUCAUAAAAGUAUUUAAUGGGUUUUUUGUGUCCAGUAGAGGACAAGAAAUGGAAGGAAGAGUCCUGUCCAGAUGAGGUCAAAUCUAAAGCCUCAAACACAAACCAAUCUGUUCUCCCACAUACGUUUACAUUUCAUCUCUCAGGUCUUUCUUUAGUGUGACGCGUCAGAGCGAACACGUUUUCUUCUGUUCAGAUUUUGUAGCUUUAAAACUUUUUACUUGAUGGAUCCUGAUCGAGACCUGAUUUAUGUUUACAUUUAACUGGUGACCAAAUGAUCAUAGGAAACAUAAUCAGAAGUUUAAAUGACUGUGAUCCUGUUUCAGUUUGAAUCAGGUGUUUAGGUUAAACUGUUGAAGCUGUUUGUCUCGAUUUGUGAUGACAAUGCAUGUGACCUUUACCCAGUAAUUAAUAGCUUCACAGAAACAGACAUUCCAGUUUAUUCACUGUAGAAGGAAAUACACAUAUACAUACACAUACGCACAUACAGACACACGACAGGUGAAGUGGCUUUAAUGUGACUAAGCAGCAAACUGAAUUCAGUCAGAAUGAUUUACUUAGGAUUUGAUGAUUAAUGUGGUUAAUAGCAGGCUAUUGAUUAUAACUGGACCCAUAUAAAUGAUAGAUUGUGACAUUCAGGUACACGUCACGCCAUCUUUGGUGUUUUGAUAAUUUGGUUAAAGAGGCUGGCUCAAAAGAAAAAUAAAAACCUGAUGAAAUGUCAAAACAUUAAGACGCCAAAUCAAGAUUUUGACUUAAAAAACAUUAUGAAAUAUUAUGCUAAAAUGUUGAGUUGCAUACUGUCCCAUAAUCUUUAAGCAAACAUUUGACUUACUGUCUUAUAAUUUAAACUUUGAAAGUAGUAAUGUUGACUUAUAAGUUUUGACAUGACUAAAUGUAAGUUUAGUUAAGUAAAUUGAAAUCUAUUCUGACUUUGAUUAUCCCAUGUAAUCAGUUUUGUUAUUUGUUUUGUGGUGUAUCUGGGUUUCCACAGAACGGACUGUUGUCGUCUUUACUGUUGUCUCUGUCUUGUGUCUUUAUAUGUCAAUAAUGUGUCAUGUGAGUUUACUGUUUUGUUUGUGAUGUGUGUAGUAGUUGAACACAGGCGUCAUCCUGUAAAAUGUUGUAAAAUGUGAAUAUUAGUACAAAAUGUGAGAAAUGACUUCUGGUAGCAAGUGUGGAUGCUGACUGAAUAAUCAUUAAUCAACCUCUUAAUAUCUUUUUUUUCUUUUUUCUUGUUGUGCAUGUGAGCCGAAACAUGAUCUUCCAACGAGCUGCAUGCAGACGUUACUGUGUACAAACAUUGCACCUGUGUACCUUUUUAUUAAUACUUGGUCAUAGUUUGUACUGUAUUGAACAUAGAAUAGUUCCACUUCGAUUCAUAGUUGGUGCUUGUUUCAAAGGAAAUUAUUUUUCAUACACGAUUAGACUGUAUUUAAGAGCUUUUGUUAUGUAAAAAUAAUGUAGCAGUGGAAAGAGUCUGGGGAUGGACUGAUUAUUGGUUUAUCAUAUGAAUAAGUAUUGGUAAUUUAUUUUCUCACAACUCAGUAUCAUGAGUUAUGUCAGCCCAGCCUUAGCGUGUUCCUGACAAACCUUAGCUACUGUGGACACCUUGAUGUUGCAUGUUAUGUUUAAAGUAGUGAAUUUGCAUGAAAAUUCAGAGGUAGAUUGAACAGAUUCAGCUUUAGCGUUAAAGACAGCUCACUGAAUAAGACAGUGGUAGCAUGAGCGCUGUAAUCCAAUUCUUCCACUAGUUCCCUUUGACUGUUUUAUAUUUUUGUAGCUGUAAAUUAAGAACUUUCUGUUGUAAAGUUGUAAAGUCUUCUCCAGCGUCAGACGUUUCAGGUGGAUAUCAGUUUCAUCUGUUUGUCCCGUACAGACACAGGCCCAGGACGUGUUAGCCUAGCUGGUUUACAGGUAACAAUCAGUGUUACGUUAUGUGUUUAGAACUAUAGCUAGCUUAGGUUUGAUAGCUACAAACAGUUUGCAUAUUUAACAUAAUGCUAACUUUCUGUUGUUAACUGUUACAGUAAGAGUUCAGAUUUAUUUAUUUGGUGCUAACAAUAUACCAAAAAGUGUUUAGCUUAGCUUAGCUUAGCACAAAGACCAGUUAGUAGCUGGGUGAUGUUAUGCUAGUUACACAUAAUUAAAAUUUCUGACAUUAUGCUAGCUGUAUGCAGCAGUUUAUAACUGGAUGUGUUCAGCCACGUUUUUAUAGCUAGUUAAUGUUGUGGUGUUUUUAUGCUAGCUCUUUGUAAUCAAAUGAUGUUGUAGAUACAGGUAGCAUAUCGGACAUUAUGCUAGCUGUUCAUAGAUAGUUACUGUUACGCUAUGCUUAUGAUUAACGGGAUAUCUAAUGCAUCUGAGGCUGUGGUAUGUGUUUGUAGACCAGUUAUAAUUUACCAGAACAUGUUUAGAUUAACUUAGCACAAAAACUGUAAGGAGGGAAAACACCACCUUCAAUACCUCCGGGUCUGAUGUAUGUGCUGUAUCUUCUUUAUUUAACAGGUGUAGAAAUAGAAAAACCAGACAUUGUGGUUUUACCAGCAGUUAGCAUUGGAGCUGUUUGUUAACCAACAACCACUCAGGCUAACAGUUUCCCCCUUCUUCCAGUCUUUGUGCUAAGUCAGGCUAACAUGCCCUGGACCUCUCUCUGUACCGGUCUCAUAGAGAUGACUCUGAUCCACCUGAAACAUCUGACCCCAGGCUGUGUUUCUGUGGGUCGUCUGUUGGCUCUGACUCUGUGUCAGUUGCUGUCAGGUGUCAGGUGUUCUGUACCAACUCUGGUUUAGUUUGGACCAAACCCUGAGUCACAGUAGACCGGCAUGCUGUCGUCUGGCUGCUGUUUGACAUGAUGAAUUAUUUUGCUCCUGUGACUGAACACAUAUUUCUGCACACUGUUAAUGUCUGUUGUAUUUUUUGUGUGAUGAUGUUGUGAAAUGGGCCUGUACAUUUUGUAAAUGAUCAGACAAAUAAAAAGUAGUUUAUCCUUGUCUUCAAUGUCCCUUGAACAUGUAUGUUAGGUAUGUUUUUAUUUAUUUAUUGUGUUUAUAGUAAAAUUUGAUACUUUACUUAUUUAUCUAACCCUAGAACUUGUAUAAUAUACAGAACUUUUACAUUUUAAUUUUGUAAAUUCAUUUGAUGUAAUG